AGACGCGGAACCUUCAGUCUGUAGAGUGUUUCAGGUCGGAGGUGUUUUGAGGGAGAACUAGUGUGAAGGUGGUUAAAUUAGCGCGCUAACAUCAUUUCUCAUCUUAGUUGUGUUUAUUAUCCGGCCUCACCGUGGAGAACGACAUGGCCGCUCCAGGGCCGAACAAGGACAACAUUCGGGCUGGAUGUAAGAAAUGUGGAUACCCUGGCCACUUAACCUUUGAGUGCAGAAACUUCGUCAGAGUGGACCCCCAGAAAGACAUCGUCCUGGAUGUGAGCAGCACCAGCAGUGAGGAGAGCGAGGACGACGUACCGACGGCUCAGAGACCUGAGAAGCUGAGGCGAGGAGCCCAGCAUCGCAGAGGUUCCCAUGAUGAUGACGAUGAUGACAAGAAAAAGAGACGCAAGCAGAAGAAGAGCAGAGACAGAUCGGCAAGAAAGAGAUCCGCUUCAUCAUCGAGCGAUGAGACGACCACAAAGAAGAAAAAGAAACACAGCAGGUCCAACUCUUCGUCUCAAGAGGAGGAGGAGGAGGAGCAGGGGAAGAAGAAGAAGCUGAAGAGCCACAAGAAGAAAAGCAAAAAGAACAAAAAGGAACACGGGAAGAAUCACAAAAAGAAGUCAAAGAAGAAGAAACAGGAGUCAUCCCCCUCUUCAUCGUCCGGCUCCAAAGAAUCCUCAGACAGUGACUGAGACAGAUAAACUGUACGGCGUCUGAACGUGAGGUUUCACAGACGCCUCAUCCUUCACACACACGAGCAUCACGUGUGAAUCUGAAACUGUUUUAAAGCCAAGGAGGGUUUAAGUUACAGAUCCGCUCUCAUGUCUGAUUUAACAGGUGAAGUCUUUUUUACAUUAAGUUAACAGUUUUUGGGGCAAACCAUGAAAAGAAAUCAAGGCUUGAUUCUUUAUUAUGAUUGACUUCUGUAGGAUGAGUCUUGAUGAGGUCCAUUGUUUGUUUUUAUGUUACUCUGUUAUCUUUAAAUACCAAAAACAGUUUGAUCAUCAGCUGUGAACUCAACAUGAUUCCUCUCUCACGGUUAACUCGGAACAAGGGAUGAAAACAACAACCUUCAGUUUCUAACAGUAUCAGGACUUUAAUAAAUAUCCAUGUAAGCUGACACAGAACAGGUUUAUACCUUUGAAAUAUGUCUUUCCCCAUCGUUAUAUCCUCUUUUGCUGGAAUGAUCUGUAGUACGAUGAGACGCCCGGUGAAAAAAAAGUCCCUGAUCAUGAUCUUGACUUCUGAAGAGUUUAUUCCAAAACAUUCAUGUGUCUCAGUUUAAGAAGUGUCCUGUUGCUCCUUCCUUAUUUGGUCACUAUUGUAUUUUUUUAAUAAAAUAUAUUUGUAUCAGAA